GAGAAGUUCCCACGCUCAUAAUGAUCGAAGAACGCGACGCGCGUCCGAAAGCACACACGCCAGCCAUUUACUUCCUUCAUCUCACUUGUCUUCUACCUCACCAGUUUAUUCACAAUGUUCUUGACGCGUUCGGAAUAUGAUCGAGGUGUCAACACCUUCUCGCCUGAAGGACGUUUGUUCCAAGUCGAGUAUGCCAUCGAAGCUAUCAAGCUAGGUUCAACAACAGUCGGUGUCUCCACAACAGAAGGUGUCGUUCUUGGAGUCGAGAAACGUGUACAAUCGCCGCUCCUUGAAUCAUCCUCAAUUGAGAAGAUCAUGGAAAUUGACAAGCACCUCGGAUGCGCCAUGAGCGGACUGAUCGCUGAUGCGCGUACUAUGAUCGACCAUGCCCGAGUAACAUCUCAGAACCACGCGUUCACGUAUGACGAGAGGAUCAAGGUCGAGAGUGUUACUCAGGCGGUUUGUGAUUUAGCUUUGAGGUUCGGUGAGAGUGUUCAUGAUGAAGAAGCGAUGAUGAGUCGACCAUUUGGUGUCGCUUUGCUCAUUGCUGGCGUGGACGAGAAGGGACCUCAACUGUUCCACACUGAUCCCUCAGGAACAUUUGUGCGAUAUGACGCGAAAGCGGUAGGGUCGGGUUCAGAGGCUGCGCAGAGUGAGCUGCAAGACAAGUGGCAUAAGCAAAUGACGCUAAAGGAGGCUAAUAUCCUAACACUUCGAGUACUGAAACAAGUGAUGGAGGAGAAACUGGACCACCACAACGUCCAGCUUGCUCAGGUCACAGCUGAUAAAGGUUUCGAGAUCCUAGAUGAAGUUAGACUAAAGGCUCUCAUUGACGACAUGUAGUGGACUUCAUUAGCUGUACUUCCGAUUGUAUUCGCACUCGCUCUCCCUAUACCAGCUUCAUUGCUGUUUGCUGUUUGUGUGACAAUCAUUCGGUGUUUCGCACCGCGGUCGCAGAUCUCACCUUGUAUAGCUGAUGACGGUACUUGAUGAUAACAAACGUUUCUUGUCUUC